GAGUGCCCCAUAAAUAAACAUAAAGAUAUGGAUUUGUAUCUAGAACUAAUAAAAGCUGGAACAGACAGUCCAAUAUCUUUACAGAGCAUUUUAUAUAAACCCUCGAAUAAAGUUAUUAAGAUAAUCAAUAAAUUUAUCAAAUUUUUUCAAGUAGAUCUAUAGAAUUUUGAAAAAAUAAUAAUAAUAACAAUAACAAUAAAUAAAUACUUCAGAAAAUACAGGGAAUCUCCUAAAAUGUCAAAAAUUAUAUUUGUAUCCUUAAAAUCCUUAAUCCUAACCGAAGGUAGCCAGCCCUAAACCUAUGUGAAAAUGUUUGGAAGCUACCCCCAAACGAGAAAAGUCUUAAGUUAACCUUAAAUGUUGUAACACUUUUCCCCCUCUAGCUACAGAAAAACAAGAAGAAGGACAAGGACCACAUAGGACCAAAAAAAAAAAAAUAGAUCUGAAGUUGACAGGACACCUGGUUGUGCAUUGCCUUGAGCAAGACGCGCAUAACCAAUAACAUGUACUGGGUAAAUGAUUAAAAAAAAAUCGAAACCCAAAAAAAAGGAAGAAGAAGAAGAAGUUUAUUUUACAUGUGUUUAAUAAAUUUCGUAAGAUAGGUGUUUUUAUACCGGUUUCUAGAGUAUUCUAAUUGGGUAAUACAAUACCUAUAACUGUGUAAUUCGAUUAUUGUGAAUCCAAAAAUGAGUUGCCCUAUAGGGAAAGACGCCGUUGACAAAUUAAAACAAUUUAUAUCACUAUGUAAGUCAAAUCCUGAUAUUCUUCAUUUGCCGGAUCUUAAAUUUUUCAAAGACUAUUUGGAAUCCUUGGGUGCCUCACUCCCUGAAACUAGAAAUAUGCCAUCGGAUAUCAAAGUAGAACCCAAGGAAGCUACUGAUACUGAAGAGCCAGUGCAGGAAGAUGUAGAAUCUGAUCCGGAAUCCGAAUUGGAAUUUGACAUGACUGGAUGUGUAGAACCAGAUUUUAUAGAUGAUAUGAAUCAAAAAAUGGGUGAUCCCUCCAAAGAAUUGUCCGAAGAGGUUACAGAUCAAGCUGAUGAGAAAAGAAUGGAGGCUAUGUCACAGUUAUCUGAAGGUAAUAUUGAGAAAGCCAUAGAAUUAUUCACAGAGGCCAUAGAACUCAAUCCAACUAGUGCUUUAUUAUUUGCAAAGAGGGGCCAAGCUUAUCUAAAGCUUACCAAGCCAAAUGCUUGCAUCAGAGACUGUACAAGAGCCUUAGAACUGAAUUGUGAUUCUGCCCCUGCAUAUAAAUUUAGAGGAAGAGCUUAUAGACUGUUGGGAGAGUGGGAAUUGGCUGCUAAGGAUUUAAGGCAAGCAUGCAACAUAGAUCUUGAUGAACAGACUGAUGAAUGGUUAAAGGAAGUCACACCAAAUGCUAAAAGAAUUGAGGAACAUUUGCUGAAGAAGGAGAGAAAGAAGAAAGAUAAAGAAGAGAGGGAAAGAUUGGAUAGGAUUAGACAAGCAAGAGAAGCACAUGCUAAAGCUGCAACUGCAGCUAAGGAAGAACCAGAAGAUGAUGCUGAUCCAAUGGGAAAUGCAGGAGAUUUCUAUAAAUUGUUCCAAGACCCUGAAGUUAUGGCAGCAUUGCAGGAUCCAGAAGUAUCCAAGGCGUUCCAAGAUAUCUCAAUGAAUCCUUCCAACUUCGCCAAAUAUCAAUCUAACCCCAAAGUAAUGAAUCUCGUCACUAAACUUUCAAGUAAAUUCGCAGGAUCGGGAAUGAAUAUCCCUGGAUUCCCAGGUGCAGGCAUGGGAUUCCCUGGUGCAGGAGGCAGUUUCCCAGGUGCAGGAGGCGGUUUCCCAGGUGCAGGAGGCGGUUUCCCCGGUGCAGGAGGCGGUUUUCCUGGCUUCCCGGGUGGAUUUCCCGGAGCAGAUACAACUCCAAAACCAGAACCUAAACAACCCGACGACGAUAAUCUAGAUUAAAGUGUUCCUUGUUUUGUUUUAAAUAAUAUUCUACUUUGUUGUGAAUUAGAUUUUGACACAAACGAAGAUUUCGGUAGAUUUUUCCAGUUUCUUUUUUUUUAUUCAAUUUACUGUUCUAUAGUAAUGAAAUAUUUUGUUGGUUGCUAAUAAAUAAUAAAAAUAUUGUAUAAUUAAAUCGGUAUUUAAGGGAUAAAUGAUACCAUGUCAUCAUUAUCACGAAAAAAAGUAUUUUGUACAAGCCAUGUAUAUGUAUUGUUCGUAUGCCUUCUGCUAAAAUAUUAACGAUUUCACAUCGAACUGUUAAUUGUAUAAAUAUCAUAUACUCCCUUUCCCAAUUACUCUGUUGUAUGCUUCAUUAUGUCUUUAUCUAAUAGAAGCGUUUUUUAUAAUCAACACCAUAUAUUAUGACAGUCGUAUUUUUCGCUCAGUAGAGUUUAUUUUAAUUAAAGUUCUUUUUUUAAUGUUCUUUUUUAUUUUAUUAUUGUUGAUGUGGUUGAAGACUGAAUCUGAUAAAAAUCUCAUGCUCGUGUUAAUCUUUUUCUCAUGAGGAUCUUUCAGUGCGUCACAGUUUUUCGAUUUCUUUCUAACGCAUUCAAUUGUAUGUGACAGAAAAAAACGCACGUCGGUGAUUACAUUUCGUCGGUGACAUUUAUAACAUUUAUUCUAGUUGUCACUAGAUGGCGCUAUAAUCGAAAAUAAAAUAAUUUUCGAAUUAUAUAAUAUAUCUACGAAUAUAAUCUGAACAAUUUAUAAGACUAUACAAAUCAAAGAAAAUACCAUUUUAUAAAUGCAAUAAACACAAUUGAUUUGUUUUUAUGCCAAAUUGCAAAUAAAAUGUGACAACUGUCAGAUUUAACUAAAACGUCAUGUCACUAAAAUGUAUAUUAUCACGGACUUACCUUUUUUUCUAUCAUUUGUGACGCACUGAAAAAUGCUCAUGAAAAGAAGCAUAUACAUAUUUUUCACUUAAAAUUGAUAGUUCUAGCUUACUAAAAUUCUAAGUUGCAGUUAGUUUCACAAAGCAUUUAGGCCUGGAUCCCGCGCACCAAAAAUAAGUUGAUUAAUAGCAAGCUGAAAAUUUGUUAAUAGCUUAACUGUGUCUAGUCGGACAAACUUUGGUGUAUGGGAACACUGGAACAGAGGAAGUUUUAAUUGUGGAACGUGUCAUCCUGACAAGUUUACGAUUGUGAAAACUAACAGCUUGUUUUAAGUUUACUCAAUAGCAAACUUUAUACUUAAUAUAAUAUAUGAAACAAAAUUUGUCCGACAGAUAUAUUAUUAUUAUUAUACAAUAAUAUCGAGCCAAAGCAAAGCUUAUAUGGCUCAAAGUACAAAAAUAAUUGUAGGUUAAACUAAAUAAUUGUAGGUAUAAUUGUUAAACUAAAUAAUAUAACAGAAAACAAAUUCUUACAAAAUAAAAAUUAAAUUAAAGUAAAUAUUCAAAAGAAUUGGUUUUCAUAAAAGUUGUUACAACAAUAGCAAAUUAAAACUAAGUAGAUAAAAAAAAUAAGUAUACCUAAAAAUUACAAAUUUUUUUCUCAUAACAAAAAACAUAAAAUAUAUCCUUACAUUUUACAAAAAUUGCUAACAUUACACAUACAAUGUCCAGUUAGUUCUCAUCAAACCUGUUUUUGAAACUAUUUAAGCUAAUAGCCCCUACGAUGUCAUCACUUAAACUGUUCCAUUGAUCAAAAACUCGAUUUACCAAAAAGUUUUGCCUUACAGUAGUUUUAAAAGGUUCCUUUUUCAAUUUAUAGUGAUGACCUCGUAGUCUAGCAUCUUCGUUGAUGUUAAAAAAAUUCGAUGUUCCCCAAAAUCCCCCUUAAGAAUUCUAUAAGUAGAUAUUAAAUCAUCUCGCUCUCUUCUACGAGUCAAUGGAGACAACUUAAGCUUUCUUAAUCGAGUUUCAUAGCUUAAUCUUGCAUAAUUAAAAGGUAGCUUAGUAGCUCUUCGUUGUACUCCUUCUAAUAAAUUAAUAUCUCUUUGUAAAUGAGGUGACCAAACAGGUAUUAGGCGUUUUAAUAAGUCCGACACGUAGAACAUUUCAAAUGGCAGGAAUUAUGUUGAUGAUAAAUAGCAGUCUGAUUUUUGCAUGAGAGUUUAAUCGCACAAAUCAAUUGGAAGUUCUGUCCGACAAAAUACAUGUGCCGUUUUCGUAGUCUGACGUUCGAAACUUGUAACGUGUUCCACAAUUAAAACUUCCCCUGUUCCAGUAUUUCCCUUCAUCAAAGUUUGUCCGACUAGACAUCGUUAAGCCAUUAACAAAUUUUCAGCUUGCUGUUAAUCAACGUUUUUUUGGUAUGCGGAAUCCAGGCCUAAUUCUGUUGCUAAAUCUACACCUGUCCUACACCUGACAAAAACGAAAUAUAAAAAUUGUCAAGUUUCAUAUUACCAUUUGUUUUAUAGGACUAGUUUCUGGUUUGAUGGUUGAUACAUUUAUUGUAAGGCUGAUGUUAAUUCACAUCCAAUUUAUUUUAGAGUUAGAUUUUCAUUAAUUUUGUUAAAUAAAAACUUAAGUAAAAUCAAAA